AUGCUGACAGUGUUGACUUCAAACUUAAAUAUACAAAAUUGAGCUGAAUAGAAAUUAAACCCAAGGAUUUUAAAAGUGUUUAUAAUAUAAUUAUAAAAGGCAUUAUAAUGCAUGAUAUUGGCUUAGAUACCGCUUUAAAACUAACAAUAUGUUAAACUAUUUUGCCCUGCCUUUCGGAUAUUGAUUUUUUUCGGAUAUUGUUGGCAUAUAGUAAAAACAAUUUUAGGUAUUAGAAUUUUUUUUCAAUAAAAAUGGACUAUCAUAGGUUACUGACAUUUUUAUGCUAACAAAACGAAAAUAAUCAUAAUUGCAUUGAAACAAUUAAUAAAGACACUUUGAUGAAAAAUAAUAAUUCUCAUUAUUCUGACCUAGUCCACCUAAAUGGCCGUCAGCCAGUAUUUUGACAAUUUUUAGAUUAUGGCAGACUGGUGACAGGGAUACACAUGAAAUGUCAAAAUGAUAAAAAAGUAUCCCUGAUCGCUCAUUAUUGUAGCUAUAUUCUGACCUAACUGAUAACUCAAACCACCUCUGUUUUUAUUAUAAAAUUAUGCCAAAGGAUUGAAGAAAUUGUAUAUUUUUUAAAUAUUGGUUGAAAAAUUAUAUCUUUGUUAACUCCUUCAUGGAUGUUGUUUCUUCAAAAAGUAAAUUUCAAUGUAUAUCCUGAAAUGAAUUGUACCACAUCAUCAAUCACUUAUUUGUUUAAUUUUAUGUUUUGUAAUCUGCCUUUGACAAGGACACUGUAUAAGAAGUAUUAUGUUUUUAUGAUAGUAACAGAUGCUUACACAUGUUCAGAUCCAGGAUUUGAAGUUAGAAGGGGCAUAACUUAGGGGUGUAACCUUUGUCUUGUGCCCAUCCCUCAGAACCAAAAUUAUUGGGGGGUCAGGGCUCAUAUUCUCAUUUAGUUAUUUUAAGAUCAUAUACUAGUACAUAAAAUGUCACAGCAACAUUCAUAUAACUUCACUGAUGCAACAUUUCAUCAUUUCAGUUUAGACUGAAGCUGUUACAUGGCUUAGCAUACGAUUAUAUUUUAUCUAUCCUGUUUCCUAAAUUCCUCAGAUGCUUGUUAACAUUUCUUAUGCAGUGUACGGGGAUAUUUGGAUAACAUUACAUAUAAUUAUUAAAACAGUAUACUGUUACUUUUUUUUCUGUGCAUCUGGGGUUUUAUUGUACCUGUAUUUUACUAAAGUUUGAAAUGGUUUUGACUAGUAUAGACUGGAUGCUGAAAAGAGUAAAUUGAUGACAUAAAAAGCUGAAGUAUUUUUAAAUGUAACAGUAUAAAAACAAUCACAGCUGAAAGCAUUACACUGAACAUUGUUACUGUUUGGAGAAGGAAUCACAAUCAGGCAUGGCUUGGUGUCGUUAUAAUGCAGGUGUGCGUGAGGUGAUGACAGAUUUCUGGCGGGAACACUCACAGGAGGCUUCUCUUGAAGAGAUGAUGCUGGACUCAAAUGCACAGGAGCUAACGAAACAUGAGCUUCCUGAAAUACUCUCCUAUCUCCCGUCCUGGGAGAGCAAAGAUGUAAUUGAGCUUGGAGCAGGAAUCGGGCGCUUCACAGCGAAAUUAGCAGCGACUGCCAAACAUGUCACAGCCAUAGACUUUAUGGAGAAGUUCAUUAACAAGAAUCAGGAAACCAAUGGCCACAUACCCAACAUUGAUUUCCGAUGUGAAGACGUCACGAAACUACGCCUGGAAAACAACAGUUGUGACCUGGUGUUUUCCAACUGGCUGAUGAUGUACCUAGAAGAUGAAGAAGUUCACUCGCUAAUCAACAAAGAGUUGUCAUGGAUACGAGAGGGCGGGUACCUGUUUGCCCGUGAGUCUUGCUUUGGCCAAUCAGGAAACAAGAAACGAAGUGUGAACCCGACCAAGUACCGCGAUCCUAGCCUCUAUAUGGCGAUGUUCACAAUGAUCACCAUUCCCACGGAAAAUGAGGAUGAGGUGUUUGGCUUUGAGCUUGUUCUGUCCCGAUCUCUGACAUCAUAUAUCAAGAUGAAACACAACCCAAACCAGGUGGUAUGGCUUCUGCAGAAGUUGCGUCGCAAGGCGAGCACCAUCAACAACGGCUACAAGACUUUCCAGGAGUUUCUCGAUAACCAACAAUACUCACUCAAUGGCAUCCUGAGAUACGAGAAGAUCUUCGGCAGAACUUUUGUCAGCACCGGAGGAAUAGAUACCACAAAGGACUUUGUAUCUCGGCUGGACCUACAGCCAGGUCAGGUCGUGUUGGACAUCGGGUGUGGUAUUGGCGGCAGUGCCUUUUAUAUGGUCAAGGAGUUUGGAGUGAAGGUGGUCGCUAUCGACCUGUCGGCCAACAUGAUCAAUAUUGGGAUGGACCGAGCGAGGGAGAUGGACAUCAAUGAAGAUGAGGUCCAGUUUGAGAUCGCUGAUGCAACAAAACGGGAGUACGAGCCCAACACGUUUGACGUGAUAUACAGUCGGGACACAAUACUACACAUUCCAGACAAACUGGCGCUUUUCAAACAGUUCUUUAAAUGGUUGAAGCCCGGCGGGAAGUUGUUUAUCUCCGAUUACUGCUGUAGCGAUGGAGACCACAGCGACCAGUUCAAGGAUUACGUGAAACAGCGAGGCUACAAUCUCCUGUCUCCUGCCAGAUAUGGCAAGGUGCUAGAGGAGGCUGGUUUUACCCGCGUGGAUGCCCAGGACAGAACAGAUUUGUUUGUACAGAGCCUUGAGAAGGAGCUUAUUGUUGCUGAGGAUAUACGGGAAGACUUCGUCAAGGAGUUUUCACAAGAUGACUUUGACUACAUAGUGAAUGGAUGGAAAGACAAAGUUGGAAGAACACAGGACCAACGAUGGGGCGUUUUUUACGCUGAAAAAAACUGAACUCAAUCGCUAACAUGAUAAAAUGUAAAUAAAACACUUAAAGUGUGCAAAAUCAUCAUCAGCAUAGAAAAGUGGAUAUUGUGAGAAAUUGGUGGGAGUUUUAAAUCUGAAAUUUGUGUUUCAAACAUUGAUUCAAUGUUAAGGUGAAUUAGUGAUGAGUAAGUCAUAACAAAAACAAAUGGUGCAGGAUGGUUAAUAGAAUUGUGAAUUUGCUUUCAAAAAGUUGCAUUUCAAAUUAUAUUUAAACUUAGUUUAUCAUGGUUCCGUGAAGUUGGAUGAUCAUUAUUAUAGGUUUUCAUGAAUUAAAAGUGUGUAAUUUUAUAAUAUCUCCUGUCUUCGAAAUUUCACUCUUUAAUCUCUGAUGAUAUCAAAUAGUCAGGAUAAAGGAAAAAGUUUGUACAUAUCUGAUAUAUGCCAAUUACCGUAUAGCUCACCAGGUUUUUGACAUAAAAAGGUUGAGGAUUUAUCAUAGCUUUGUUGUCAUCAUUUUCAUUGAUGUUAUUGUGCAAAAUCAUGACCCUUUGCCAUGACUCAAACUUUGUUAAGAUAUUCAAAUGAAACUUGGUACACAUGUUGCCAGAGACAAUUAACACUCAUGUUCAGCAAGGCCCAUUACUCUGGCUUUAAUUAAUUUUUGACUGCAAAAAAAUCAACAAGAGACAAGUGACAGGUGUUGGCAGUUACUCUGAAGCGCUGUGACCCGGGAAUCUUGUAGUAUACUCAUUAGAUUGUCAUGAAUGUAACUGAUAUAAGCUUAUUUCAAUGACGUUUCAAGAUCCGUAUUGUUUAGUGUUGUAGUUUUACAGAAUGAUUGAAUGAUGUUAUGUGACCCUGUAUAAUUUUGGUAUUUUUUGAAAGGGUAUGGACUACUUAUUUCUAAUAUCUUAUAUAAAUAAUUAAAACUGCAUUUAACCAUGAAUCUAUUUAAGUAUGUAGUUUUGUUCUUUAUUUCAACUAAAAUCAGACGUGUUAUUACCUAUUUUGCAUAUUUUUCAAGGCCAAAAAGGCUUUCUUGUUUUAUUAUUUUCUCGUAUAUAUGCUAUGCAUGCGUUACAUACAAUUUUGUUUUAUAUUAAAAUGUAUUUAUUUAUAGGUACUUUUCUUGGUGUUAUAAAUAUUCUAUACCUAACCUUCAAUAGAGUUACUAUUGUUUGCAAAUGAACUUUGCAUUUCAAGGUUUUUAAGAAUUGAACGAGCGUGGCAUUAAAUCUGCCCUUAUCAAUAGUGGAAAUUUCAAAUCAGGUGCAACUUUUAUAGUUUGUCAAUUGACUUCCGAAAUCGAAGAAACCAACUUUAGGUACAGUGAUUUGGCAUAUACCUUAAAGUAUCACUUGGAACUUACUACCGAAGAUUUGUCUCCUAUCCUAGAAAGAAUCCAUGCAUAAACAUCCCGCAGUUGCAUUGAUUUCAUUUCAAUCAACCAAUAAAAGUGAAGCUUUAAUUACAUGCACAUGGACAGACCAAUUACAAACAAGACUUUUGAAGUGCUUAAAUAAUGAUUGAUAGGUAUGUUUUGCAAAGAUUAUUUGCCAACAGUAAUAAUGGAGGCUUAAAUUUUACAGUUGAAAGUGACCUUGUUGUGCUGUAUUUUCAUGUAAAUUUUCUUGAUCAAAUUAGGUUUAUUUUUUCAAGCCUUUGAUUCUCAAGUAUUGAUUUUUGUUUAGUAUUCAAUGUUUUAUCAUUUCUAAAGUAUGAAUGUUUUUGGGUUUUUUUAAUUCUUUUUACUUAUAUAUAAUUAAUUUCAAAAUAUCUUCAAAUUGUGUUAAGUUUGGAGGUAAUAGAGUGAGCUUUAAAAGCUCUUCAGAGAUGUGUUAAAUGUUGUAAUCUUGACUUUAUAAAUAAAAUUUACUAGACUUUAUUCGAAACCUUAAAUUUGCUUUUACAUGUUCAAUUUACAAUAUUAAAUAAACAUUAACAGUUGAUUCGUAUGUAGAAACAUGGCAUUAAGGUAUCAUUUCUGUCAACAGUUUUUGCUUUAGGUAGUAGGGUAAUCAGAGACGUUCGAGAUUAAUCUAACAUGUAGUUUAUUUAUUUAAUUGUUAAUAUAUAUAUUUAAGCUGGCAUAGAAAAUGCUGCUUUAAGAUUAGGUAACAAUUAAAGGCUUAUCCAGGUAUAAGUGGCUCUUUUAAUGUUGUUCAAUCUUAUAUUUUUCUGAACAUUUUGAAGAACAUAUCAAGGUGAUUAUUGAAUUUUUGUCAAUGUUAGAACAAAGUUUGUCAUUAUUUCAAUGUUUAGUGUUAUUGUUUAUUUUUGUGUUAAUAAGUAUCAUUUUCGUUGACAGUGUUUGUUAUGAGGUAGUAUUGCAAUUAGAAGCUUUCAUGAGGCCUGUUUCAACCUGCUUUUUUCCUAUAUUUGUAGAAGUAAACAAAUAUACUGGCAAGAAAAAAGAGGGCUUAUUUUAUGAAAUAUUUUAAUUUUUAAUGUUUGAUAAUAUGAUUUGUUAUUUUAAAGAGUUUACCGUAAUUAAUUUAGUAACCCAAAGAGAUACAGGAGGUAUCUUGCCAAUUCUUAUUUCAUGUUUUCUUGACAGUUUUAUUUUGUAUAACUAUAUGUUGAAACUUGCAAAGAAGCAUGUUUGAUCUGGAAAGGGAUGAAUAAAUUGCCAAAUGUCACAUUU